AUGGCGUCCACAACCUCUAUCGGGUCGAUUGAGCUGCAAGUGCCUUUGGCGAUUGGCACCAUGCAGUGGGGCCGUACCUGGUUGGAUGAGAAGCUCAACCGAGGGAACCUCUCUGAUGAGACCUGUGCAGCCAUCUACCAGGAGCUUACGCAGGUCCACCAUGUCCAGCUCUUCGACUCCGCGGAGGGCUAUGGAGGUGGCACCAGCGAGGAGCGCUUGCGGGACCUGCAGAGCGCAGAGAAGGAUGAGAAGAGGAGUUUCCCAGUGGUCUUAGCCACCAAGUUUUUGCCGACCUUGGCAAGAUGGACUUCAAGCAGCUUCGAGUCUGCCUUGCAGAAGUCAGCGCAGCGUUUGGGUCGCGAUCCACCCGCUGUGAUCGACAUCUAUUUCCUUCACACGCCGAUCCAUCCGCUGCCCCUGGAGUUUUGGGUCCGCUGCGCGUGUCGUGCGGCCAAGGCAGGGCUCAUCAAGGAGAUUGGAAUUUCCAACUGCAACGCCUCCCAAGUGCGAAGAGCUUGCGCAGAGGCAGCCAAGUACCAGCAGCGCAUCGCAGCUAACCAAAUCAUGUUCAACCUAUUGUGCUACAACACCCCUGAGAUGCAAGAGACCUUGAAGGUCUGUCAAGAACUACACGUUCGGAUCAUUGCCUUUGGGACUGUGGGACAAGGCUUGCUCACAGACAAUCUCACGCCAGAGAAGUUUGCGAAGAUCCGCUUAGCAAAGAUGACAGGUUUACACAGAGAGGACUUGGAGGACCUGCGUGCGGGCAUCCAAGAACUGGCCGAGAAGUACCAGAAAUCCAUGGCACAAGUCUGUGUGAAUUGGGCCAUUUGUCAUGGCGCUGUUCCUUUGGUGGGCAUUCGGAGCUUAGAACAAGCGCGCGAUACGGUGGGCGCUCUUGGAUGGACUUUGGAGCCAGAGGACCUGAAGAUGUUGGACCAAAAGGCCUUGAGCAGAGGCACCCUGGCAAAGCCGCGAUGGAAACGGGCAGCCUUCGUGCUCUUCAUCUCUACCUUGGUGUUUUGCUACCAAAUCAACCACGUGGUCGACUGGUGCAGAGCAAAGUGGCGGUCCUGGAGGCGACAAGACUGA